GUGUGUGUGUGUGUGUGUGUGUGUGUCCACAUGGACGUCAGGGUUUGGUAUAAAAGUCAGUGUCCCGCACCACUGAGACACAGGGACGGGAAUCACAGCCGCAACCGCCAUGCUCUUGUUCAUCAGUUGUCUUGCCCUCGUGGCUUCUGCUCUUGGGUGUGGAAGGCCCUCUAUCCAACCCCAGGUGAGCGGAUACAGCAAGAUUGUAAAUGGGGAGAAUGCUGUGUCCGGGUCCUGGCCCUGGCAGGUUUCACUUCAGGAUGGCAGAGGAUUCCACUUCUGCGGAGGAUCCUUGAUCAGCCCCUACUGGGUCGUCACUGCUGCUCACUGCACUGUGUCUCCCAGAAACCACCGCGUCAUCCUGGGAGAACAUGAUCGUCAAUCCAACAGUGAGCAAAUUCAGGUCAAGUCCAUUGCCAAGGCCAUCACUCACCCCUACUACAACCGCCAGAACUUCAACAAUGACAUCACCCUUCUGAGGCUGUCCUCCCCAGUGCAGAUGACCUCCCGUGUGGGCCCUGUGUGCCUGGCCUCCUCCAGCACCAGCAUCCCCUCUGGAACCAAGUGUGUCACCACUGGAUGGGGCAAGACUGGUCAAACCUCAAGCCCCCGUCUCCUCCAGCAGACUUCCCUGCCUCUGCUCAGCCCCGCUCAGUGCAAAGGGUACUGGGGUUAUAACAGAAUCACUGAUGCCAUGAUCUGUGCUGGUGCUUCUGGAGUGUCGUCCUGUCAGGGCGACUCUGGUGGCCCCCUGGUUUGUCAGAACAGUGGCGCAUGGUCCCUCGUGGGUAUCGUCUCCUGGGGCACGUCCAACUGCAACGUGCGCACGCCUGCCGUGUACGCCCGCGUAUCCUACCUGCGCAGCUGGAUCGACCAGACCGUUGCUUCCAACUAAAGCCAUCGUUCAACACUUCUGCUCCGCUCUGUGAUUCUUCACAGAAUUUAACACUGUAGAAUUUGAAUGGGAGUGAAAAAAUUCCCUGCACCAGGCUGAAAAUAUAACUUUAAAAACUAAAUUUGGUUUCAAGUUGUUUUUCAUGUGCAAAUUGUGUGUUUAGUUCAUGUUGUGGGGACUUAAAUAGGUUUGCACAGUCACAUUAUGGGGACUUGAACUUCUUAUGGGGACAGGAUGCAAAUCCCCAAAAGGAAAAUCUUUUUAUUUUAAACAGAAGACAAGUAGGGUAAGGGUUAGGCUUCAGCAAAUUAGGGUUAGGGUUAAGGUUAAAGUAAGUUCAGGAAUUCAAUGUAAGUUAAGGUAAUUUCGUCUGAAAUCCAAGAGACACAACUGUGUGUGUGUCUGUGUGUUGAUAUGUCCAUGUGAAUAAAUGACAGCAUGUUAAUCUAAA